AUGGCCAUGGAUGAUGAAUUUAAUGCUCUAAUUAAAAAUGAGACCUGGGAGUUAGUACCUCGUCCUCCUAAUGUGAAUGUUAUUCGCUCUAUGUGGAUUUUUGCUCAUAAAGAAAAAGCUGAUGGUGAAUUUGAGCUGCAUAGAGCUUGUCUUGUAGGUGAUGGUAAAACUCAACAGGUUGGCAUUGAUUGUGGUGAUACUUUCAGUCCGGUAGUCAAACUGGCUACCAUUCAUACUGUUCUUAGUCUUUCUCUCUCUAAGAAAUGGCCUCUUCAUCAGUUGGAUGUUAAAAAUGCCUUUUAUCAUGGUGAACUCAAGGAAACGGUCUACAUGCAUCAACCUAUGGGUUUUCGCGAUCCAAAUCAUCCUGAUCAUGGCUCUGAGAUGGCUUACCUAUUGUUAUAUGUGGAUGAUAUCAUCCUCACAGCUUCAUCUGAUGCUCUUCGGUGUUCUAUCAUGUCUCAUCUCAACUCAGAGUUUGCUAUGAAGGAUUUAGGUCCUCUACAUUAUUUUCUUGGCAUUGUUGUUACUCGUCAUAAGGGUGGAUUGUUUCUCUCACAACGCAAAUAUGCCGAGGACAUUAUUAACCGUGCCGGUAUGGCUACCUGUAAGCCUAGUUUGACUCCAGUUGAUAGCAAACGGAAACUUAGUGCUAGUGCAGGUACUCCAUAUGAUGAUCCGACUCAUUAUCGUAGUCUUGCCGGGGCUCUUCAGUAUCUCACCUUUACUCGGCCAGAUAUCUCAUAUGCGGUUCAACAAGUUUGCUUACACAUGCAUGACACACGCACCGAACAUAUGCACUAUCUCAAAUGCAUUGUUCGUUAUAUUCAGGGUACUCUGGAUCAUGGCUUACAUCUCUAUCCCUCCUCAUCUACCUCUCUUAUCUCAUAUACUGAUGCUGAUUAG